CUCUGCGUCGCAAGGACCCUUUUUUCCCACAUGAAGCCACAAUGCUCUUUCGCGCGCAGCCCGGAGAUAAGCAGAGUCCAGGCGAGCGGCUCGCGCCUGGUUGCCUGGUUGCCUGGCUGCCUGCCUAGUUAGUGCCUACCUCGCCACCUACUCUGAGGUGGCCUCUUCCACUCUGCACUCGCAUACCUGAUCAAUACCGCUGUCACGUUGGACAGCUCGUUCCCUUGACAUGUCGUCUGAUCUACCCACACCUGAACUCAGUGCUGAUGCACUGUCCCCAUUGACGCAUGCAAGCAAGUCACAGCGCGUGCUUUCGUGCGUGCUAUGCGCGCACAGAAAGGAGCUUUUGGCAUGCUUUAAAUCGACGAGCAUACGAUGCUGAUGCUGAUGAUGACGGCAGCGACGACGAUUCCGAACACAGUGGCUCUUCGCAACACGCAUUACGGCAAGCCCAGAUUGUGCAAGCUUGGGAUCAUCUCUAUGCGCAUACACUGCACCUUAGCGAAGACCUCCUGUUCUGCUCGCGUAGCACGAGUGUCAGUUUGUCAGUUUUACAUCCCCCGCAAAGCCAGAUCUUCAAACUUUGGCAACUGUACCUUGAGAACGUCGACCCGUUGUUAAAGCUCACUCACACGCCCACGCUUCAGCCACGCAUCAUUGAUGCCGCUAGCGACGUCUCCCAUAUCGAUCCCAAUUUGGAGGCUCUAAUGUUCUCCAUCUACUGUACGGCUAUCUUCAGCCUCAAUCAGGGGCAUUGCCAAUCAUUGUUCGGCAGGCCUAAGCCGGACUUGAUCAGAUCCUACCAGUUGGGUGCAAGAGAGGCGCUGCUGAACUGUAAAUUUUUGAAGUCCAGUGAUCGAGAGUGCCUGACAGCCCUCCAUCUCUACCUGAUCUCGCUCAAACCAGACACAGACCCACGGUCCAUGUCGUCCAUGCUAGGGGCUGCUGUUCGCAUUGCUCAGCGCAUGGGUAUUGACACCGAAUCUACCAAUUCUAGGCAUUGCGUGCUAGAGGCCGAACUGCGCAGAAGACUAUGGUGGUCUCUCACACUUUUCGACAACAGAAUGUCGGAAAUGACCGAGAGCAAAUCCACCACUUUGAUUCCCACAUGGGAUUGCAAAGUCCCUCUCAACGUCAACGAUUUCAGUCUACGGGUCGAGAUGAAGACCGCGCCUGCUGAGUCUGGUAUCAUUUCCGAAGCCUUAUUUGCAGUCGUUCGCAGUCAAAUUGGCGAGUUCAUUCGCCAAAGCCCGUCCCAUCUGGACUUCAUCAAUCCGGCCCUGAAGUGCUUCUCGAAAAAGGCGUUCGACUCUUCACAUUCUGGGGCUGACGAGCUUACCGCAUUUGAGUCGAUGAUAGAGCAAAAGUAUCUUACGCAUUGCGAUGCCCAAAACCCACUGCAUUUUCUGACCAUAUGGACGGCGCGCGCGUCACUCGCAAAGAUCGGAUUUGCAAAUUACCUAUCAACCAACUCAAAGGGGCUUGCGCAGGAAAGUGAGGAGCAGCGCGACGUUGGUCUUGCAUUUGCACGCCGCAUGCUUGAGUGCGAUACGAUGCUCAUGACCUCACCUCUCCUGAUUAGCUUUCGCUGGAUCGUCUACCUGCAUUUUCCAUUCCCUGUCUAUGUUCACCUCGUCCAAGAGCUAAAAAUACGGCCACUAGGCCAACUUGCAGACCGAUUGUGGCAGGCAAUGAGCGACAACUGCGCCGCUCGUUUGAUGGACCUUGAGAAAAAGGACAGUCCAAUAGAAACCAAGCCCCAUAAUCCUUUCUUCACAAUCUUUGGGGGGCUCGUGCUACAGGCUUGGUCGGCACGUGAAGCAGUAACGUCCGAACAAUUGGAUACACCUGCCAUUGUGACGCAAAUCAGACAAAAGAUGGCUCUCAGGGACAAACUAGCGGCUGAGUUGCAAUUCCAGCCACCAGGUUCCGAUAGUGGCAACCCACAAGAGUCCGAGCUUAUUGGUUUGGAUAGUCUCGGCUCCCAAUCAGGCGUCACCCGUGGCAUGAAUAUGAGCAGUGUAGCUUUUCCCAUGGAACAAGCUUCGAUAAGCUAUAGUAGCAGUCCAUGGGAUUGGCCAAUCCCUGCUUGGGCUGCAAUGCCCGGUCAAGGCUGGUGAACCUGCCGUGUUUACGCAUAGGACCUUACGUUCGAUGAGUACAGACGACACGUGAUCGGUGCCAUGGAAGUCAUCGCCAAGACGGAAUGCUCGUUACAUCAAUAGACUGACUCGAACUUUAACAACCAGGGUGUCUGAGCUGCCACGACAGAUUCACCGAGCCUCCUUUCAGUUCCGUGUCAAAGAUCCAGUGCAAACGCCGCCAUUGUCUCGGCUGACCUAGCCGCAUUCACACCAGGAUACCCCAAUCGCCUCCUGCACUCCGGCCGUUGUGCCGACAGCCGUAACUUUUCACUUUUCAACGUCGCGUAUCGCAGCUACGAUAGAUUGCGUUACUG